AUGAACGUAACGGAGGAGAGCGCAACUUCAGAGCGCGGGAGUGUUGCGGAGAUUUUUCUGCCCCCUCUCGGAUUAUUUCUAGGAGGAGCUAUAGCCUUAACUCUGUUGGCGAUCUGUACAUCACACUCAUGCAGACAUUUAAGGCCAAGGUCACUUGCGUGUGUUGGUCCCUCUCUCUCAAAGUCAAGCUUCACAAGUUUCACGAGUUUGCUAUCUAACCCAGGAGCAAACAGUCAAAGUCAAAGCCAAAGUUCAUUUGCUGACCUAAACGGAUUUUACACAAAAUCUGAUGCUGAGAUUUUGGAACAUCUGCAGCUGUACCAAAACAACCCGCGGUAUUUGUACAAAAUUGCAAUACCAGCAGUGACGUCAUUAAUAUUUUGUCCGAUGAUAAUGAUUGCCUACAAACCAAUUGCAAACUUCCUGUGGCCUGAUCGAACACAGCCCGCUAUCAAUGAAGCGAUCGCCUGUUUUUUGGCCCCUGCAGGCAUGGUUUAUGCAGUGUCGUUUGGUUUUGCCUUUCAGCAAGUCCUUCAAAAACAAAUUGACAUAACAGCAAGAUUAAACAAUGAUUUUUCAGAAAUGGAGCUGCUGAUGAAUUUAACCAAAAAAUUGUCGUGUUUGAAAUCGACUACUCGAAUGAAGAUGUAUAUUGCUCUUAAAGAGGAAAUAAUGACGGUAGUCCAGUAUAUAACCGAGGUGCCUGAACUUGAAAAUAACAAGAAUGGCGCCAUCUGGGACAUCCUGGACAGUCUCCGCGAGGCUCCAGUCCAGAGACAUAAAGUGGACACAGCCAUUAUUAACAAAAUCAUCAAAUACGUGGGGAAACUGAAUAGUGUAGUAGACAAAGUGGGAACCCUCCACGCCAAGAUACACCCUCUACAAUGGGCGUUUCUGGAGAUCCUUGGUUACUCCUCAUUCCUUGGAAUUUUGAUGGUGAAGUGCGAGUCCUACCGAAUGGAGAUGUGCAUGAGUUUCGUCACGUGCUUGUCCAUUUCCAUGUCCUGUUACAUCGUGGCGGACAUUGAUAAUCCCUUUCAUGGAUUUUUCAGGAUCAACAUUAAAAGUGUAUUAACGAUUUUAGAACAAUUGGAGAAAUGCUACAACGAUGAACUUCAUUGUGAAAUUCAGCUACAAAACAUCACCGGAAACAAAUAA